AGAUUCCCGAGAACCGGUCUCAGUUUACGUCGCGUGUGCAUUACCAGCAAAUGUGCGUACCUCACCCUGGGUGAAGGCAACGUCCCUAUAACUUGGUCCAGAGAUCAUCCCAAGCCUCAACUUGAUCUUCCAUCUCCAAGAACGUACUUCAAAGAGCCGCUAUGUCUUCCUGAACAAAAUUCUGCACGAGAGAAAGAAGAAUAGACAAAGGAUCCGUGAAGUUGAGAAAGUCCCAAGUGAGGUUCUCCGGUGAGGAAAAUGCCAGCCUGUGGCAGUGAGAGCUUCUCUAGGAUGUGGCCUUCGAGCCCUCCAACAUCAAGGAGCAACAGUGCUUCACCACUCUUACCAGACUCACCCCUGUCUGUUUCACCACCUUACAUGUCACCGACGUCAACCCUGAAAAGAUCCACUUCGAACGUCUCGAAUAUCUCAAAUGCCUCAAACGUCUCUUACUCGUCCAACAAUUCAACAGCUCCUACCGUGAUAUUUUCACCAAGACGAAAGCAGCACCAUCAGAAAGCCUUGCAACAGCAUAUGCUAAGUCAUGGACAGCGACAACGUAAUCAAGGCACAUUGCUAAUAAGGAUUAUCACCUGGUACAUGGGACUUAUAGCUGGAGCGUUUCGUGGCAUUUAUAAUACUAUGAUUUGUAUCAUAUGGGCACCAGCAUUAUGGGCCUCAGCCUGGCUCUGUGCCUUCUGGGUGAUCCUGCAGCUUCCUUUAACUGCUCUGAAGUGGCUCAUCACUGUUCUCCAUACACCAGCUUCGGAACGUGCCAGGAACAAGAGGUGUGUCCUCAUCAGCGGAGGUAGUACCGUCCAGGCCGUUCAUUUGGCAAGAAAUUUUUAUAAGGCAGGCGCUAGGGUCGUUGUUUGCGAGAUAGAAGGUCUUUUUGGACUCGCACGAUUCUCCACAGCCUGCUCCAAGUUCUAUACUGUUCCUCGACCUGGUCCUAACAGGGCAGCGGAGUACGUGAAAGCUCUGAAAGAUAUAGUUCAAAAAGAAAGAGCUGUCUAUUACAUACCCGUCAGUGCUACCAAUACAGCCUAUUACGAUGCUCUAGCUAAACCCCAUUUAGAAAUAAUAGGGUGCGAGUGCUUCGUUCCUGGAACUAGUGAAGUAACGACCCUGGACGAUCCUUUAGAGUUAUUAAGAAGAUGUCGAGCAGUGGGACUUCACACACCAUCCCACUUCGUUCUGAGAUCCGUGGAAGACGUGUCCAGGCUCUACGAGAGAGGAACCGUUAGAACCGGUAGGCAUAUGAUGCUGGCAGCUGGACCAGCUGGGAUGAGAGAUCAUACAAAAGUUCUCCUACCACCUACAGUAAGAGAGUUCAGAAAUCAACAUGAGAUCAGCGACAGAUAUCCUUGGGUAGUAAUUCGUGAUCCUGGCGGUAGCCAUUUCCUCACCUGCACCACGGUCAAGGAUAGCCGUGUAGUAGCCAACGUGACCUGCCGCGUGGACGAGAGUCGAGGACUCAUCCCUGAAGAUCGUCCAGACGUCAAUCAAUGGCUUGAGAGGUUUUUCACUAGAUCCUUCGGCGCCAGGAUCAAUGGCCACCUCAGCUUCAGACUAGUCUUGUCCGAAGAUGGUGGCGAGCUGGUCUCCAUAGGGUGCAGAGUAGGGGUAGCUCUACCUUACAUUUGUCACACCAGCGUUCAUCCCCGUCUAGUUUGGCGACCUUGUCGACAUUUCUCAAGGCAAAAUUCAGGAGCUUUGGUCGCUGAUGAUAGGUACUUCUUACACGAUGCCGUCGCCACCGCCUUGAAGAGGCCAUCAGUCGACACUGCUGUUCAUCUUCUGGGUACCGUUCUUGACAAACGGGAAGCCUUAUUUGUCUACUGGGAUCCUCUACCCUAUUGCGCCUAUUAUCAUCUUCAGCUACCCUUCAGACACAUAGCUGGCAUUAUAAGGGCCCAGCCAGCUCAACAUAGGCCACCCCUAGCACCAAUGCAGUAAAGAAGUGUACUAUAUUUAUUCAAGUUUUGAUAACGAUAACAGACAUUGACAAUAAGGUGAAGUGCCAUGAGAUAAUAACAGCGUUUAACGCCGAUGGAACUCUACCCGACGAUUGUUUUUUCCCAAAAUAUCCACAUAACGUUAAUUCAUCCUGAUCUACCAAAUUACACAAGCAAUGGUGAUACCCUUGACAAUAAAUGUUCCUGUCUUCGGCGUAGACUAGCUUAGACGCAUCGCAUUCUAUAGUUUAAUAAUAUUGACUAUAACAUAUGUAAAUAGAUACACGAUUACAUUAUCUUGUUUCAAAAAAAUACUUUAACCAUAGGUGCAUGAGAGAGAGUUUAAAUAUUUUACUUUUCAUCACGGUAAUUCUCGUGUAAUAUUUAUGCAUCGAGUUAUCCUCCAUCAUAAGUCAUUCCAACAUUCCUUUAUACUUAAUCUACAUCCGUAGUAAGGCCGCAUUUCCAAGUAUAUUAGCACGAGACAAAGAAACACAAAAAUUAAUUAUUUAACCGAUCUCCAAAGUUCAAUUUUAAAAAAACGCGCGCCUUUUGCCUACAAAUUUCUCUGCACGAAAUUUCAUAGUUUCUAACGUCUUUAAUUACGUCUUGUGAAAUGAAUGUAUAACUAAUGAAUAGAUCUGUACAAACUAUUUAUAAUCGAAUGUUAAUGCGGACAUUAUGUGCCAUAAAUUAAUUCCUAAGACUCUAUCAUAAUCUUAUUUAUAAUAGACUCGUGCAGCAUAUUUAUAGUAUUUUAUAUUAAUAAGCAGCAUUCAAUGUACGAUGUAUUGUGAUGGCUCCAAAGGAUCUAAUUCAUUAUAAAAAAAAAACCUCCAAUUAAUUAAUUAAUAAAUCAAACAUUCUUA